AUGAUAAUCGUCAGAGUAAUUUUGUUAGCUAUUUUUGCAGCUUUUGUUUCAAGCCUCCCUCAAGUCAAUAAAAUGGCAAUGGAUUGUUGUGAUCAAGAUGAUCAAAAUUCAUCUGACUUACGAACUGGAGGCUCACGAACUGGAGGCUCAAAAACUGGAGGCUCACGAACUGGAGGCUCAAAAACUGGAGGCUCAAAAACUGGAGGCUCAGGACCGUAUAAAACCGUUCUCGAUUGGGAAGACUACACAGGGGAUCAAUUAAGGGAAAUGAUUGAUUUACAAUAA